ACCCUUUUCUAAAUUUAUGACUAAAACGGCUUUGGAGGGAGGAAAUUCGACCGUAUCAGGUAAAGUAAAUAACUUGCAGGAUUCUACGGUGAAAAGGUUUUCACUUUAGAGCCGUCAAAAAGAACAUCUUUCGUCCCAGUGGCCCAGUGGUGUAGAGAAGUGCAAAGCCUCUUGAGCAUUUGUUCACUGCUAUGCAACUGAUUCUUGCUGAGGAUGGCUCCGUACUUGAUUUGCAACUUGGCCUGGUUGGCGCAAAGACUCCCUCAAAUUCGCAACAGUUUAGCUACAAAUCCUGCACAAAUGCCCUGUCACUACACACUUCACUGCUUCAGGGAGAGUUCGAAAGAAACCCCGGCUGCGGUUGAUGAUGGUCGCCACCUGCGGAGGCUGCAUUUGCUCAGCAUUUCUGCACUGCGUCCCAUGGGGGCAGCGCAACUGGGAGCAGCGUGCUUUGACCAUUGACUUUAUUGGCAUUUGCGCUGGUUUGACUGGCCACAUCUUCUCUUGGGAGUGGGACUUGCAGGGCUUCUACUCCAAGAUUCUUGCUGGUGCAGCGCUGCUGAAUUGUCUUCUCUACACUGUGGUUCUUCUUUGCAAGCUUUACCAAGAGCAGGAGAUGCUUGUGGCAUUGAGGGGCUUCUCUGGCAUGCAGCUAGGAUUGCAGCUCGCAAUGCUUGUGGCAGCGCAGCGGAGAAUGCGAACCAUGCCUCGAGUGCUGGCCUCAAUUGGGCCGCCCUUGGCGCUUGCCUAUUUUCGCCGCUUUGGCGCCUUUGAUGCCGAGGAAUCAGGGCCACUCCCUGUACUCGCUGGUGUGUGGAGCCCACAUGAGUGGUAUCAUCUCAUGGUGGCUUCGGUGCACGCCACACAGCUUUCUGAGUUGCACAAGAUUGAAGCUCCAGAGAAAGAAAAGAUCUGAAUUUCGAUU